GGGUUUAGGAGGAAGAGUUAGGAGUGGGAGGAGAGGAGAGAAGAAAGGCGAGAUUUAGGGAGCGGGAGGUAGAAUCUGGGUAGCAACCCAGGCCCGAGGGGGUGAGGAAGACAGGGAGAGGGCACCGGGGAGCAGAGGGAGAAAGGGAGAAGAAGGGGGACCAAACGGUGUGAGAAAGGAGGGCGGCCAGUUUAGGGGGAAGGGCGGAAGUCUUGGGAGUGAGGAUCCCAGAAGUGCAGCGGGGGCCCAGGAUGCCCCGGCUGGGCGCCCCAGGGGAGCCCCGCGAGUCCGGGGAGCGCCGGCCGCUGCUGGCGCGCAGGCCGCGGGGACCCCGACGGGGGUGGCAGGCGGCGGCAGCAGCCGUGUUGCUGGUGGAGAUGCUGGAGCGCGCCGCCUUCUUCGGCGUCGCGGGCAACCUCGUGCUCUAUCUGAACAGCGAGUUCUACUGGGCAGGCGAGCAGGCAUCCCGGGCCGCGCUCGUCUUCCUGGGCGCCUCCUACGUGCUUGCGCCCGUCGGCGGCUGGCUGGCCGACGUGUACCUGGGCCGCCACCGCGCCAUCACACUCAGCCUGUUCCUCUAUCUGACCGCCACCGGCCUGCUGGCCGCCACCACCUUCCCCGACGGCCGCAGCUCCUUCUGCGGAGAGAUGCCCGCCUUGCCGCUGGGGCCCUCCUGCCCCUCGCCCGGCUGCCAGCACACCUCGCCCACCCCCUACUGCGCGCCCACCCUCUACGCGGUGCUGCUGCUGCUCGCCCUGGCCGCCAGCUCCGUCAGGAGCAACCUCACUUCUUUCGGUGCAGACCAGGUGAUGGAUCUUGGUCGCCAUGCCAGCCGCCGCUUCUUCAACUGGUUUUACUGGAGCAUCAAUGUGGGUGCUGUGCUGUCGCUGCUGGUCGUGGCCUUUAUCCAACAGAACAUCAACUUCCGGUGGGGCGACAGCAUCAUCGUGGGCUGUGCGGGGCUGGCCUUCUUCAUCUUCCUCUUUGCCACUCCCAGCUUCAUCACCAAGCCCCCCACAGGCAGCCAAGUGUCCUCCAUGCUCAAGCUUGCUCUCCAAAACUGCUGUCCCCGGCUGUGGCACAGACGCUCUGCCAGAGACCCUCCAGAUGCCCAGCUGCUGCCUGACCAGAGGUCUCACCAGCCUGGCCCUUCCCCCCAAGAGGACGUGGCCAACUUCCAGGUGCUGGUGAAGAUCUUGCCCGUCAUGGCGACCUUGGUGCCCUACUGGAUGGUAUACUUUCAGAUGCAGUCCACGUACGUCCUGCAAGGUCUUCACCUCCAGAUCCCCAACAUCUUCCCAGACUGCCCUGGCAACAGCUCUGUGGCUCUGAAUGCUCAAUGUGGCAGCUACAAGAUCCCAGAAGCCUGGCUCCUUCUGGCCAACGUCGUGGUUUUGCUGAUUCUAGUGCCUGUGAAGGACCACCUGCUGGACCCUUUACUGCUACGGUGCAAGCUGCUUCCCUCGACUCUGCAGAAGAUGGCACUGGGGAUGUUCUUUGGUUUCAUGUCUGUCAUUGUAGCAGGAGUCCUGGAGAUGGAGCGUUUAGAGUACAUUGGUCACAACCAGACGGUGUCCCAGAAGAUCGGACAGAACAAGUACUAUGCAGCACCGCUGUCCAUCUGGUGGCAGACCCCUCAGUACCUGCUCAUCGGGAUCAGUGAGAUUUUUGCCAGCAUCCCAGGCCUGGAGUUUGCAUACUCAGAGGCCCCGCGCUCCAUGCAGGGCGCCAUGAUGGGCAUCUUCUUCUGCCUAUCCGGGGUGGGCUCACUUUUGGGCUCCGGCCUGGUGGCACUAUUGUCACUGCCAGGAGGCUGGCUGCACUGCCCUGAGGAUUUCGGGAACAUCAACAAAUGCCGGCUAGACCUCUACUUCUUCCUGCUGGCUGGCAUUCAGGCUGCCGCGGCCAUCCUGUUCAUCGGCAUCGCUGGGCGCUAUGAGAAGGUGACCCAGGGCCCAGCCUCCCAAAGCUGACCCAGGAGGGACAGUGGCUAAACAGCCCCACCUCCACCCCCUUGCCUCUCCCCACCCCCCAACGCAGACAGCGGCAAUCACA